AUGCUAUCAAUAAUUUCUCUCUGUGCGCUCAUCGCUACAGCUCAGGCUGUCUCCUCGACCUUCGGUAGUGCGACAUACUCGAGACAUUUCGGUCGUGCGGGUUCAGAUCGAAGUUACGACUGUAAGUCUCGUCAAGCCUGCUUGUGUACACAGCUAAAAAAUUCAGAUGUCGUUGUUGGCGGCGGUACUGCUGGUCUUGCGAUGGCAACUCGUCUCGCUGAGAACGGAACAUACUCCGUAGCCGUUGUCGAGGCUGGCGGUUUCUAUGAGCUUGAAAACGGCAACCUCACGAUCGUACCCGGAUACUACUCUCAGAACCUGGGUCAUCCGUCGGUGGAUUGGGACUUCGAGACUGUUCCACAACUUGCUCUAAACAACCAGACUUUUGAUUAUGCUCGCGGCAAGACUCUGGGUGGAAGUUCUGCUCUGAACGUCAUGGCCUACCAUCGAGGCACAAGAGACUCAUACGGCGCUUGGGCAGACGCAGUCGAUGAUCAGUCUUACGCCUUCGACUCUUUCCUUCCCUUCUUCGAAAAGAGUGUCAACUACACAGCACCGAACCAGAACCUGCGCGCUGCAAACGCGAGCGUUCCUCCAGCCAAUGCAUCUGCUUUCUCGGGUGCCGAUGGUCCUCUUCAUGUAUCCUUCCCCAACUGGGCCACUCCAUUUGCAUCAUGGGGCCAGCUUGCCCUGCGAGAAAUCGGGGUACCUGACAUCUCGGAUUUCAGCAGUGGAGAGUUGAUCGGAUCUCAGUAUUGUCCAGCGACCAUUCGUCCGGAUGACGAGACACGCAGCACGAGCGAGGCAUCGUACCUACAGCAGUCACUGGCCCAGGAUGAAACACGCCUGGAAGUCUUUAUCCAUACCAUGGCCAAANAGGUCAUCUUUGAUUCCAACAAGACCGCAAAGGGAGUUGUUGUUGAAACAGCGGGUACUACCUACACCUUGAACGCCACUCGCGAAGUUAUCCUGUCUGCUGGCGCUUUCCAGUCUCCUCAACUUCUCAUGGUUUCUGGUGUCGGACCCAGAUCUACUCUGCAAAAACACAACAUCUCGAUGCUCGCUGAUAGACCUGGCAUUGGAUCUAACAUGUGGGAUCACGUCCUCUUCCCCGUCAUGUACCAAGUAGACCUAGAAACCCAAGAAGCCUUAACCAACUCCACAUUCGCCGAUGCCGCAGCAGCACAAUACAACAAAAACCAGACAGGCAUUCUCACAAAUGCAGGCGCCGAUUACCUGGGCUGGGAAAAGCUACCAGCAAAGAACUUUGCACAACUCAGCAACAAGACUCAGCAAGCAUUAUCUGCCUUCCCUGAGGACUGGCCAAAUCUUGAAUUCUUGUUGAGCAGUUUCCCUCCGGUGAUGAAGGGAGUUGAUAUUCAAAAGUCUUUGCAGUAUGCUGCUAUGCAGGUUGCAAUUAUUACACCUUUGUCUCGCGGCACUGUGUCUAUUUCUUCCAACGACACUGCAGACCCACCGCUCAUCAACCCAGGCUGGUUGAGCAACUCAAGCGAUGUCGAGCUCGCUGUCCAAGCCAUCAAGCGCGGCAGAGAUUUCUUCAACGCAAGCGCGAUCCAGCCUGUACUCGUUGGGCAAGAACUUUUGCCCGGCGCAAACAUCACCACCGAUGCCGAGAUCGAAGCUUAUGUGCACCAAUACGUUGCCACUGUAUGGCAUGCUUCCUGCACUUGUGCGAUGGGAAAGAUUGAUGAUCCCAUGGCUGUGCUGGAUUCCAAAGCUCGUGUUAUCGGAGUCAACUCGUUGCGUGUGGUGGAUGCUUCUUCUUUCCCAUUCCUGCCGCCUGGUCAUCCGCAAGCGACUGUGUAUGCACUUGCUGAGAAGAUUGCGGCGGAUGUAAUUGAAGACGCUUCUCAUAUGUGA